UACAUUCAGAAAUGGGAAGUCGAGCCAGUACUGGUGAGUUUAAGAGAGUGAGGAAGAAAAGCAGAAUUAGUAUAGAUAGUGAAAUUCCAGCAUCUGAAACACUGGUAAAUCAGGAAGUGAAAACGCGAGGUGCUGUCAGUCGAGAGCCAGGGAACAGAAGAGACUGAGAUGUAUCUGAGGCAGUCAGAAAAGCCAAAAAAUUCCACUUGGAAUCAAGAACACCCAUCCAUUUCCGCAAUGGAGUCAGAGAAAAUGGACAUAUGUGGGAUUCUCAGACAAGAACUCAUCGAGGAAGAACAGUUUCAUCAGAAAGAAACCCAUGUGUUCAUUAUUUUGGGAGCAUCAGGAGACCUGGCAAAGAAGAAGAUUUAUCCAACUAUGUGGUGGCUGUUCAGGGAUGGGCUUCUUCCUGAAGACAUUUAUAUAGUAGGUUAUGCUAGAUCCAACUUGACUGUUGAAGACUUAAAGAAACAGUGCCAGCCUUAUAUGAAGGUAACAGAGACCGAGAAUGACAAACUGGCUCAGUUUUUUUGCCGAAACUCGUACAUUUCUGGAAAAUAUGAUCAGAAGAGUUCAUUUGAGAAAUUAAAUGCACACAUUAACAGUCUUCGAAAUGGAAAGAAUGCCAAUCGUGUCUUUUACUUGGCUCUACCUCCCAGUGUUUAUGAGGAUGUUACUAGAAACGUCAAAGAAAACUGCAUGAGUUCUGUAGGCUGGAAUCGAGUAAUUGUGGAAAAGCCUUUUGGAAAGGACCUGGAAAGCUCCAACAAGCUGUCAGGUCAUCUCUCUUCAUUAUUUGCAGAGGACCAGAUUUACCGGAUUGACCAUUACUUGGGAAAAGAGAUGGUACAAAACCUGAUGGUACUCAGGUUUGGAAAUCGAAUAUUUGGGCCAGUCUGGAAUCGAGACAACAUUGCAUGUGUGGUGCUGACGUUUAAGGAGCCAUUUGGAACAGAGGGACGUGGUGGCUACUUUGAUGAGUACGGCAUCAUUAGGGAUGUUAUGCAGAAUCACCUUUUGCAAAUGCUUUGCCUUGUUGCCAUGGAGAAGCCAGCCUCUACUAGUUCUGAUGAUGUCCGCAAUGAGAAGGUGAAAGUCUUAAAGAGAAUUUCUGGUAUUAAGCCAGAAAAUGUGGUCCUUGGACAGUAUGUUGGAAAUCCCGAAGGUGAAGGAGAGGCAAAGAAAGGAUACUUGGAUGACCACACUGUCCCUGCAGGAUCUACAACUGCUACAUUUGCCACAGCAGUGAUGUUUGUUGAGAAUGAGAGGUGGGAUGGUGUUCCAUUCAUUUUGCGUUGUGGAAAGGCUUUAAAUGAAAGGAAAGCAGAGGUUCGCCUGCAGUUUUGUGAUGUUCCUGGGGAUAUCUUCAACCAGCAUUGCAAGCGAAAUGAGCUGGUGAUUCGGGUGCAGCCUAAUGAAGCAGUCUAUGCCAAGAUGAUGACAAAGAAACCUGGAAUGUUUUUUAAUCCUGAAGAGACAGAGCUGGAUCUUACCUAUGGCCACAGAUAUAAGGAUGUGAAGCUUCCAGAUGCUUAUGAGCGUCUUAUCUUGGAUGUAGUCUGUGGGAGCCAGAUGCAUUUUGUACGAAGCGAUGAGCUGAGGGAAGCCUGGAGGAUCUUCACACCCCUUCUUCAUCAUGUGGAAUCAUCAAAGGUCAAACCUCUCCCAUAUGUAUAUGGCAGUCGUGGCCCUGAUGAAGCUGAUGAGCUCAUGAAGAAAGUAGGAUUCCGUUAUGAAGGAACUUACAAAUGGGUGAACCCUAACAAGCUUUAAACUAUACUACUGUAUCAUGAAGACCAGUGACAGGAAAACACAGUACCAUGUAAUUCAUCAUCGACCUUUCAAACAAGUCAUCCAUGUCAUUAGACAGAGGCAACAUCAGACAAACUGAAGAAGCUGAAUAUCAAUUUUAUUGCAGAGUAGUUUUUCAAGGACCAAGUUAUAGAUGCUGUUCUAAGAAAGAAAAUGUCAUGGAAUAUAUUUAUUUGAACACAUUCCUGAUUAUCAGUACACAACGAAUACAGUUUUGUCUGAUGAUUCCUUAUGGAAAACUCAAAUGCUAGUGUGUUUUGCUGUUGGAAGAUGAUAUGGUUACCUAUUACAUUUUAUGUACAAGAUAAACAUCAUAGAUGGAUAUUUAAAAUAAUUUGUCCCGUUAGCUUAACAGUGAGAGAAUUAGUGUCUGUAUUGUAUCAUCUUUCAUUUUAUUUACCUUUCUGAUGCUUUCUUGAUUUUAAAAGUUAGUGUGAGAUAUUCAUAUUCAAAGUGAUUUGUAGAGCUCCUUAAAAAUGAAUUUUGUCAAUGAGUUUGCUAGUCAUCUUUUGCUUUGCACUAAAGCAUUUAUUGAAAUAUGUUGCUAUGGAUGUCCUUGCAUGUCUUUAUUGACAUCAUUAUUAGAUGUCAUUAUAUUGAAGCCCACAGUCAUUUUCACUGCUGUGAUUCAUUUUAACCACAGCAAUAAAUGGCCAGAUGUUGCUGAUAAGGAAAUGGCAAAAUAUACAGGCAAUGUUCUCAGUAAUUUUUUUUAUUCAAAAAAGUUAUUAGUUUAUUCUUUAGUAAUAUUUUAUAACUUCUUUUGUAGACUUUUAUGUCAUUUUGUCUUUUCUGCUGACACUUCAAAUUGUCCACUAAAGUUGGACAUUCUGAUGGUGACCUUGUUUUCACUUUUUUCACACCAUGUACCUGAAAGUGCACCAACAUUGAAUAGCCUUUAUUUCUUGGCACUUAAAGCACUUAGACUAUUCAAAAUUGGUUAAAUUUCUGAUUUUUGUGUUACUCAUUCUCCCAAUAGAUGGUCAUUGGUCAGUAAGACACUUUUUCCAAACUAUGUUCAGAGCUGUGGAAGAAGCAUCUAUAACAGAGUAACCAAAUACUGCCCAGGGCUGCAAACUCAAAAGAGUUUUGUUGUGGUUAGAAUUUGAACAAUACCGUGACUAAAAAAAGGAUAGAAUCACUAAAAUAAGGUUUACACUUUAAACAUUAUUUUACUAAACAGAUAUAAAGAAAUUAGUAGUUUAAUUUUCUGAGUUGUGAAAAUAAAAAUUACCUUGUUUAGCAUGCAACACUCUCAAAGUUCAAAUUACAUGAGAACUGUGUCUGAUUAAAUAGAUAAUCCAACACUGAUGUGGGGUUGUGGCAAUCUGCUGGCAAGGAUGUAGGCUAAGGGUUAUCUCACUGUGCUAGUUCUGUGAUUUUGUAUAUUUCUGAUGAUGUUUUCUAUUGUUUUGAGUCUUUCAUCUGCUUGUGAUCUCAAAACAUAAUUGAUAGAAGUUCUACCUAUAUAGUUUUCAUCCUAGUAUCUACAAUUAAAAUAAGAAGAACAAAGAGAGAAA